CAUGCAUUCUCCAACAAAAUGCAAUGGAUUAUUUUUGACCAGGAAAUGAGGGGCAAUUUGCGCCCCUCUUUUGCAACUCACCACACAGCAACACUGCAAAAGUGACAUUGGGAACUGGGAGCACUUGGAAAGCCCCCUCCCCCCUAUUUCCCCACCUUUCUCCCCCCCUCCCCCUCCAAAAUAUGAUCAGAGGACCUUGGAUGUGUAAUGCCGUCUUGAAAAUCUGUUUUGCACCCACAGCGAACGAGAAAGCCUGCGUGGAUACACAGAGGGCAGAGAGAUGGCCAAUGUCUUUAGCGUCUCUGCUCAUUUUCGCCCUGCUCUUGUCUGAUUAUUUUUGCUCUUGCGCCGGUACGAGGCUGAGGAGCGGGGAACCCUCGGGCAGGAAUUGGAGCCAGCCGUCGGGGAGCAGUAACCCGGCCGCAUCACACACUGGGGAGCACAGGCAGAGGCGAGGGGACUGCGGCCGCACUCUGACCAAUUUGACCGGGCACCUGGAAGACUUGGAGUCCGCCUGUCGAUAUCCCAAGGGCUUGGAUACCGCCUGCCUCUGGACUUAUUUCAGUCAUUUCAGGCUCUCCUUCUGUCACUCUUACACCAUUGCUGAUCUUUUGCGAGAGUAUGUUAACCCGAACGGGUUAAACUGCAGUUUGGAUAUGCGGAUCAGAGAUGAUGGAGGGGCCCGGUCUGUCUGCAGCGACUGCAUCAAGGCUUAUCAGAUGGAGGACCAACACGCUCAGGAAAAAUACGAGGAAUUCGAGACACUGCUGGACAAGUACAUGGAGUCGGGCUACUCGGUCACAUCAUGUCCGAGCGACUGCAUGGUAGUCUACAAAGCAUGGCUGUGUUCGGAGUAUUUCAAAGCCUCACAGCUCCUGUGUCCCCGCAGGAUUCCUUGUAAGCAAUACUGCCUGGAUGUCCAGGCCCGAUGUCCAUUUAUUCUACCAGACAACGAGGAUCUAAUCUAUGGCGGGUUGCCAAGCUUCAUCUGCACAGGGCUACUAGAAAACCAUUUAACCAAUGCCGAGCCAGAAUGCUGUGAUGUCAGAUGGAACACCUGUGAUCUAUCCUCGGAUAAAGGUUACAACAUAUCUACCAAAUCCAUGGACUCCGUGUUGCAUCAUAAGUCUUCACUGCCUGUCUCAGCAGCACCUCGACAGUGUAACAGCAGACUCAAGCUGUGUGUUUUGGUAUUAAUUCUCCUACACACUGUGGUGACAUUUUCUGGGUUUCAGAACAAUGACAGAGUUGGCAUGGAGGCAGUAAGUGCACUGGAUGACAGUUCUGCAAGUGAAGAGUAAAAAAAGAUGUCUUCUUCCUUUCUUUUUUGUUUCAAGAGUUCGUACAGGGCCAUGGUACUGAACAGCGAAGAAGCUAAAGGAGUUUUCAGAGAACCAUCCAAGCAAAGAGCGGGGCUGCAGGCAGCCAUGAGUUUGAGAAGAAAAUUAAUCUGGCCAUGGCAGAUCCAGAAAUGCUUAUCUGCUCUGAUGAGGAUAGAUGGUUUAAAAUGUUAACUGAUACGACAAGGGUAGAAUUAAUUUGGGAAAAGCAUAGCUGUCUCUGGGACAGAAACUAGAAAUAGACAGUGACUGUAACUCCAUCUAUUCCACAUGCAACUAAGAAGGUUUAAGAUGUAUAGACACACUGAAUUAUUUCAUUACAGGAUGUUUUUCUUUUGCCUUCUCAAUUUGUAAACAAGCUCAACUCCAAUACGGUAGCCUUCAACAAGUUCUUGGUGGUGUCUAUUCCUACAAACAUGACUUAGUUGUCCCAGGGACAGAUAGCAAUAAUCCUGUGCUUGAACCAAGUAUGUUUUGCCUGUAUAAGAAUGUUGGAUAAGUGUCUGAAUCCCUGAAUAGUGUACUUGCCCAAAUAACUGGUCAUACAUCACCUCAUGACCAAAUCGAUACUGCCCUGCCACUUUAUUGAUAACAACUAGUUAAAAACUGUUACUAACUGUCAUGAGGAACACCAGCAAAGGAACGGUGAACUACCCAGUUGCAGGAAAGGUAGGCAGGCACUCUAAAACUGUAGAUUGGUGGUCCGAGCAAUUAAUGCACCCUCCCGCUUACCAAUGUAUGUACAAUGUGCUUCCUCGAUUCUGAGCGAGCUGCUGGGCAUGGAUAUCAUGGCUACCCAACUCAAGACAAUGAACCAUCUGCCUGAUAGUCUUGAAAGUAAACAGGUGACAGAUACCUUAGGGACAGCUCAUCACCUUAAUACGAACGAUAGGAGCAUUAAUGAAAGUGGGGAUGGCAUUGGAAGGUGGGGUUUCCAUUUUUAAAAAAGACACCAAAGGAUGUUUGAGUCCAUUUUAGAAUGAUGUAGAAAUAGAUAUAUCUGUCCUACCUGCCGUCUGUAAAAGCCCAAUAGAGCCAAAUGGAAUUCCAGUACAAGUUGAUGCCAGAGUCAAAUCAUUGCAGGGGCGAUCUAUUCCCAUGGCCCAUAAUGUGUGUCUUUGGAAGCAGUGCAUGGACAAAAGUUACAUGGCAGCAGCCAAAUGAACUAUUAACAUACGAAUGUAAGCUUUUAUAAAUAAAAAUAAUCAUAGAUAAUAAAGGCAAAAACAUAAGAUUUUAUAAUACAUUUUCAGUUAAACUGUUGUUUCUAAUGUUGCAUUAGAUUCGUAAGAACCUAUGAUUCUACUCUGCCUGCACUUUUAGUGAUUCUCUCCAUUUGAUUCAGGAAAUUUGAAAUAGGUAUGAAAUACCAGAUGAAGGGCUAAAGCCCAGAGAGCAGGACAUUGCCUAAGUUUUAAAGAGUAAGAGACAAAAAAGAAAUAUCCCCCAAAAAAGGCUGUGGUUUUAAUAUCCUUAAAAUCAGUCAUUCUCACGCCAUUAUCACGGGUCCCUUUAAUUGAUAUCUCUUUGCUGUCAGUAUGUUGGUGACAGGUUUAAACAACUUGGUUCAAUUUUUAGAAUGGAUGGGCCUGCAACAGAAAUCACAGAUAAAUAGUCAAUCACAAUGGAUGUUUGGUGGAGAAAUUCAAAUGCAUUACUGAUGAUUUCAAUAGGUUGGAGGUUGCCAUCGUGCAGCUGGCUUUGGGUAGCCAUGGUGAUCCUGGCUUGGACUUGCCGGCUUGUUCCCUGAAUUGGGGAUAGACAUAAAGCACAGUAUCGCUGGCUUGGAAUAGCCUUGAUGUUCCUGGUUUGCGAUUAGCCAUAACGUACUGGGCUUUGGACUAAUCACAAUGUACAUGCUUGGCAGUGGGUAUGGUGCAGCAGAUUUUGGGGGUACCUAUGAUGCACCUGGCUUGGGUAGAGCCACAAUGCACCUGAUAUGAGGGAUUCUGAUGGUCACUCUGGGGGUCAAAGUAGGAAAUUGGCCUCUCCUCCAAUAUUGGCAUCCCUCACCUAGAAAAGCAAAAAAAAAAUGUUCUCCCAUUUUGUCUUCAUUCAUUUCUGAAGGAGUUCACAAAAUUAAUGCACAACCAAAUGCAGAUUUGUUGUCAUCGAGGACAGCUAUAAACGAACACUAAAGUGAAAUGUCUUGUAAUAGCAGAAUUAUAUCAUUAUUUUAUCAGGGAGCUGCAGGUUCAAGCUUCUAUUUCCUGCACAGCAGAGGGUACAAUAUGUCAAAGCAGAUCAAUUGAUGUCAUUGUGUUUUGGAUGAAAAUUUUGUGCCAUUAAUAGAUAGCAAAUGGAAGCAGUAACAGGAACCAGAUUCUUCAUAGUAACCUUGGCAAUCCAUAAUUCUAAUAAAUGACUCUUAUUGUUUGUCUGGCAUGAAAUAAACUCACCCACCUUAUUUUAGGGGGAGAUCUUUUGUGUCACUAAAUUGGCACCUGAUGCCCACCUUUAUUUGAUAAAGCACCAUCUUUCUCUAAAUCCUGCCCAGGCAGCACAAAUGGGGAUGCUGAAUGCCAAAUACAUGUGAGCAAAAGUGAAACUGUGGUAUCCCUGCAGAGAAGACCAUUCUGGAUGAUAGCACUGACUUUAUCCAUAACUGUCUAACUGCAAGAGAAUGAAUGACAGAGGCAAGCGUAGACACAGAAAUACUGCUACAUUGUGCAUUUGCUGUCAACAGCCGUGGAAACUUAGAGAGAUAGAAAAAUAGGUGCAGGAGUAGGCCAUUCGGCCCUUCAAGCCGGCACCGCCAAUCAAUAUGAUCAUGGCUGAUCAUCUAAAGUCAAUACCUCCUUUUUCCCCAUAUCCCUUGAUUCAUUUAACCCUAAGAGCUAAAUCUAACUAUCUCUUGAAAAGGUGCAACAAAUUGGCCUCCACUGCUAUCUGUGGCAGAGAAUUCCACAGAUUCACAACUCUCUGGGUGAAGACAAUUUUCUUCAUGUCAGUCCUAAAUGGCCGACCCCUUAUUCUUACACUGUGACCCCUGGUUCUUUGCAAUCGUCUUUCAAAACAGUCAUUAAUGUUUCUUCUAUCUUCCUUUUUCUCUCUUGGGACAUUUGUUUUCCAUCGUAUCUUUUCUAUCAUUGCCACAUGAGCCUGCCCCUUAACUUUCUCCCUCUCAGCUACUUUCACCCCAUCUCCCAACUUUCACCCAAAUGCUCCCUACUGCCUUGCUCUUCUGCUGUAAUCCUAGCCUUAAUUAUAUCUUGGAUCAGCUGUCAACCAUGCUCUAACACUUUGUCAACCUCCCUGUGGACUCAUUAGAACAUAGAACAGUACAGCAUAGAAAGAGGCCCUUCAGGCCACAAUGUUGAGGCCGAACCUGAUACCAAGUAAAAUAAAUCUUCUUUCCUUAACAUGAUCCAUAUUGCUCUAUGUGCUUAUCCAAAAAUCUCUUCAAUGGAUAACCUAUGCAUAACAUCUGAUAAUAUCUUUCAGGCCACACACAUUGUGGAUGACCACUGACUUUGAGACAUUGACUGAAAAUUUGUUAUUGAGGGAAAUGUCCUUGUGCUUUCAAGCCUGAAUACUCGACCAUGUCAGGUUCAUGCAUAGGAAGGAACUGCAGAUGCUGGUUUAUACCGAAGAUAGACAAAAAAUGCUGCAGUAACUCAAUGGGUCAGGCCGCAUCUCUGAGGGAAAGGAAGAGGUGGCUUUUCGGGUUGGAACCUUUCUUCGGACUGAAAGAUA